UUGGUUGUGCGUAGAGCGAAGAAGAAACCCCCCGUGCUGGCUAUGGUGGUGCGUCGUGGGCGAGAGGAGAGGAGAAGCUCAGGGUCGAAAUUGGAAGACAGUGGUGAGAUGCGAGAGCGGGGAUUAUGAUGUUGGAGUUAGGGAUGCAGUGUUUUCGAUUGGGUUUCUCGUGAUUGUAAAAGCAACUUCGGAGGUUGCGGAUCGAGAUAGAUAGAUCGAUCGAUAGAUAGAAAGGGGUUUAUUGAAAGGGUUAGCGGAGAGAGGAAGUGUUGAGUGGAAGAAGAAGUGGAGACAGGUAUGGCGACGGCGAUGGAGAGGAGAGGCGCAAUUGCGGGGCAAAUGUCGCAGAGCGCGAGGCCCGUGGCGGUGUCGUCAGGGUACAAGUUUGCGACGGCGUGGGAGCAGAAUGCACCAUUGACGGAGGAACAGCAAGCGGCUAUUGCAGCACUGGCUCAUAGCGCAGCAGACAGACCAAUGCCGGCUCAUGUCGCCGCAACGGCGCAGCCGACUCAGCGUCCUCCGGUACCGCCCGCUACUGCGUCGGAUCCAGAGGGUAGAGUGAGCGAUGCCACUCAGGGAGGUGCUGGGUUUAGUGAGCGGGUGGAACUGAAUAGCCAGCACCAGUUUUACAAAUGGUUCACAGAUCUGGAGUCGGCGAUGAAGUCAGAGACGGAAGAGAAGUAUCGUCAAUACGUUAACACGCUCACGGGGCACUUGGAGACUUGUGACGAGAUCCUAGCGCAUCUGGAUGGAACUCUAGCACGGUUUGAUGAUUUGCAAGCGCAGCAUCAGGCAGUAGCUACCAAGACGAAGAUGCUUCAUGAUGCUUGCGAGCGGUUGGUGAUGGAGAAAGAGCGCUUGGUUGAGUUUGCUGAUGCUCUGAGAACGAAGCUCAAUUACUUUGACGAGCUGGAAAAUAUUUCCACUCAGUUUCAUGCACCGACAAUGAGUGUUGGAAGCAGUCACUUCCUCCCCUUUUUGAAGCGCCUGGAUGAAUGCAUUUCUUAUGUGACCAACAAUCCACAAUAUGCAGACUCCAGCGUUUAUCUUGUGAAAUUUAAGCAAUUGCAGUCCCGUGCCUUGGGUAUGAUUAGGACUCAUGUGCUCAAUGUGCUGAGGAAUGCGUCAUCUCAGGUGCAGACUGCCGUGAAGGAGAAUUCUAUCUUAGGUGGGGGUGGGAAAGUCGCUAUCACUGAGGGUGCAGAGACUUCGGUGCUAUAUGUGAGGUUUAAAGCUGCUGCGAGUGAUCUGAAGACCUUAAUGCAGGAAAUUGAGAACAGAGCGUCUCGAAAAGAGUAUACUCAGGUCCUUGCGGAUCUGACUUCACUGUAUUGCGAGCAACGCCUUGCUCUAGUGAAGGGUGUUGUUUCGUAUCGAAUUGCUGAAUAUGCGAAGAAAGAGUCUCUCCCAUCCUUGACAAGAUCGGGCUGUGCGUAUUUAAGUCAGGUAUGUCAAUUGGAGCAUCAGCUGUUUGACCACUUCUUUCCAGCGUCUGCUUCGGAUCCCUUAAACCUUGCUCCUUUGUUGGAUCCCUUGUGUACAACACUAUAUGACACCUUACGAGCUCGUUUCAUACAUGAAGCAGAUCUGGAUUUGCUUUGUGAGCUCGUUGAUAUAUUAAAAGGUGAAGUCUUGGAUGAACAAUUAGGACGAAGACGGGAAUCUGUGGCUGGUCUACACCCAACAAUUUUGAAGACCUUAGCUGAUGUUCAAGAAAGACUCACUUUCCGUGCACAAACCUAUAUGCGUGAUGAAAUUGCAAAUUAUUUGCCAUCUGCAGAGGAUCUUGAUUACCCAGCAAAGUUGGAACAAGCAGCUGCAGCUGCUGCUGGAAGCGAAGAAGAAGGUAGAGAUUCUUACUCUACUUGGUACCCGCCCCUGGAGAAAACUCUCUCUUGUCUGUCCAAGCUCUACCGGUGUUUAGAACCAACAAUUUUUACGGGUCUUGCGCAAGAUGCAAUCAACAUGUGCUCGACUUCAAUUCAGAGGUCCAGCAAGUUGAUUGAGAGACGGGCUACUCAAAUGGAUGGACAGCUUUUCCUCAUCAAGCACCUUUUGAUACUUCGUGAGCAGAUUGCUCCUUUUGACAUAGACUUUUCAGUGACACAUAAAGAACUUGAUUUUACGCACUUACUUGAUCAUCUGCGCCGAGUUCUGAGAGGCCAGUCCUCUCUUUGGAGCAGUCAAUCCCUUGCUCGGACAUUUUCACCGAGAGUGAUGGACUACCAAAUUGAUGCAAAGAAAGAGCUUGAAAAGAAUCUAAAGCUGACUUGUGAGCAAUUCAUCAUGUUGGUGACCAAGACUACAAUCGAGCCGUUGCUCUCCUUCAUGACCAAGGUAACAGCAGUCAAGGUGGCUACUCGUAGUCGUUCUGUGGAUGCAGAAGUACCCAAGGCCUUGAAAGAACAAGCUUUCGCCACUCCAGACAAGUUAGCUGAAAUGGUCGCUAACGUUGAAGAAGCUGUGAAGAAGCAAUUGCCUGGGAUUGUAUCAAGAAUGGGUUUGUAUCUGCAGAACUCUUCGACCAGGUCUAUUCUUUUCAAGCCCAUCAAGUCCAACAUCUUAGAAGCGCACGUACAAGUGUUGACCCUCUUGGAGUCCGACUACAGCCCUGAAGAGGCGGCACAGGUUCCUAUCAUGAAGCUUUCCGAUUUACAAUCGUUUCUUGAUGGCUUGUGUUGAGUUAGAUUAGUCAUGCAGUUCGCAGCUGUCUCACUGACUGUUAUGUAAAGAUUCUUUGCUAGCCAUCGAUUCCGUUUGUAAUGCUAAAUGUAGUGCCACGUUUCCGGACCCUCUGAGUCGAUGUACUGUGGAUUGGCGUCGUUCCUUCAGUUGCCGUCUACAUUUGGGUAGACCUCGAAGCAUUUGCUCUCGGCCUAGUCUGAAAUGGGUAUAUGAAUCCGCAACUAAUAUUAAUUUUAUUUCUGCAUGAGAUUUCCGCAGCACCUCAACCCUA